CUUCAAAUUCAUUAAAAUUAUCUAUUAAUUAUAUUACUCAGCUCUACACCUCCAACUCUCUGCUUUUACACGGCUGAAAGAAAAACAAUCCGUUUUUGGAUUAUCACACGGCCAUAAGAGCUAUUUCCGCAUCUUCCAAAAAAUAAGACGCCUCGUAGAUUCCCUUAUACAUUAUUAAUACGUACCUCUAUUUAUAUACUUCCUAGUAGCUCUAGUAUCCUAGGUAAUUAAUUUUUAUCAGGGAUAAAGAAUUAACCCAACUUUUCCGCCCCCUUUUUUUUAGCCUUAGAUCGUUUGUGGAGCUCAGUUAUCCCCCACCCAUACUUCAUCAUCCCGUCAGGUCGCUCAUCUUCCUUCGCGUUACUCGAAAGCAGCUUCAUCGCAUUUUUUUUUUUUUUUUGGAAAUCCGGAGGGUCUCCGCCGAAUCGCGCAGCAUAUCACAACCAUGUCAGAAGUUACACCGAACCCUCAGGCCACUGGCUCUACUUGGACUGCGUUCCUCAAGUCUAUCGCGUCUUUCAACGGCGAUCUCUCCUCUCUUACAGCCCCGCCCUUCAUCCUUUCCUCUACGAGUCUCACCGAGUUCAGCUCCUACUGGGCUGAACAUCCCAGCAUCUUCGCAGCGCCAGCAAAGGAGCCCGAUCCCGCAAAGAGGGCUUUGCUAGUGCUUAAGUGGUUCUUGACUACCCUUAAGCAGCAAUACGCAAGUCGUAGCGAGCAAUAUGGCAACGAAAAGAAGCCCCUCAAUCCCUUUUUGGGCGAACUCUUCCUAGGGAAGUGGGAAGAUGAAGCAGGGACAACCGAGUUGAUUAGUGAACAGGUGAACCACCACCCGCCAGCAACGGCGUAUAGUAUUAUCAACAAACCGUCCGGAGUACAUCUCCAGGGAUACAAUGCGCAGAAGGCCAGCUUCUCCAAGACGAUCAAUAUCAAACAGAUAGGACAUGCGGUAUUGACGGUUCCAGACCCCUCCAAGCCAGGGGAGAAAGAUACCUACUUGAUCACGCUACCAUCCCUUCACGUCGAAGGCUUAAUUUUUGGCGCCCCUUUUAUUGAGCUCGACAGCGCAUCUUACAUCACGUCCUCGACUGGGUUCACUGCUAAGAUAGACUAUAGCGGUAAGGGGUGGAUAAGUGGCAAGAAGAACUCGUUUACGGCUACUCUAUACCCAACGGGCAAGGAAAAAGAAGUGCUAUAUAGCUGCUCCGGCCAAUGGACGAAAGCAUUCGAGAUUUAUUCCGGCCCGGUGAAGUACAACUCAUCCAAGACUCUGAUUGGAAAUUGGGAUCCUGCCGACAUCCCCACGUCAGAGCUCAUUGUUGCGCCUCUCGAGAAGCAGCACCCGCUAGAGUCUCGGCGCGCAUGGGCUAAUGUCGCAAUGGGCAUUGCUAAAGGGGAUAUGGAUUAUGUCGGCAAGGAGAAGACCAAGAUCGAGCAGGCGCAGCGAGCAAUGCGGAAAAAGGAGCAAUCAGAAGGUCGGGAGUGGCAGCGGAGAUAUUUUACUGCCGUCACCGAGCCGGAUGCGACUCUUGAAGCGUUGGGUCCCAGUGUUGGGUUAACCCCCAAUGGCGACGCGGACAAGACAGGAGGUCUUUGGCGAUUUGACGAGGCCAAGGCGGAGAAGGCCAACAGCCACGAGUUGACGGAAGAAGAGAGGAUCCAAAUAGCUCAGGAGCUUCUGGGUCAGUAAUUUCCCGUCAGCAAGCCCACCUGCAACAGUGUUUGAAAUAAUUGCAUAGACGUGGCGUCCGGUACUUAUAUAUGUAGGUAGAGAACUACUAAGUAAUAUCGCUAACGAGAGACGCGAACAAGGAGAUUAGGAGGUCACCUGGCUUUACUGGCUAACAAACGGGCAAGGAAUAAUGUAGUAAAACACACCGUAUAGUAAAGCAAAUCGCUCGUUCUUACUGUUUGUUGGCAUGAUCUAGAUACCUAUCCCAUGCGAGAUUGGGUUUCAGAACCACCAAGAAAAACAACAAAUGGUAGUGAGAUGGUAGGAAAGUGAGUAGUCAGGUCGCACAAAGCAUUGCUUUCUACGGGGAACGCGGUAGGUAACGGCAAAUGGAAUU